AGUUUGCGGAACUGGCGUGUCUGUCAUGUCUAAACAUUGCUGCUGAUCGUGGAAGUGGGUCUUGAUGAUCACGGUUCCCGGCCCGAGCCUGGAACACUGCCGCUUCAUACACAGAUUUGGAUUUCCUGGGAGGAGGGACGAUGCUGCAGGAGUCGUCAGUAGACAGCAGUGGCUCCAGGUUCGCUCCUCUGGUGGUGCUGGAGCUGGCCUCAGACACCAAGGAGGAGGCCAUUGCUUGGUUGCUGAGCAGGAUAAGAGACCGGCAACAGAAUGGAGGUGCUGAGCUGCUGGUGGAGCAGUUGGGACCUGGAAUCGGGGUGGAAGAGAAGGAAAACCCCAACAUGUUUUUGGUGGGGGCCUCCAUGCAGAGGCUGCUCUGUGGUGCAGAAGAUCUGGGGCUCUUUAAGGAGUGUACUGACGGGUCUAUGAGAGCCUUCACUUUUGCCAGCAAACACAACUUCAAAGAUUUUAAAGGGGAUGGAGACGGCUUCCUCAGUAUGGCUGAGUGUCAGUAUGUUAUCAAGCAUGAGCUGGACACACUGCGAGCCAAAGAGGAGACUAAUGUUCCAGGAUACAGUCAUGCCAAGCUCUACCCUGGGAAAUCUAUCAUUCGCAGACUGCUCUCCAAAAGGAUCUUAAUCCAGAUGUUUCCUCUGCAUGAAAACGAAGAACUCAAAAGGCUUUCUUUUUCCUGGUAUAAAAAAGUGAAGGUGUCACUUCAGCCUCUGGACGACAUCAGACACUACUAUGGUGAGGGCCAGGCUCUCUACUUUGGCUUCCUGGAGUACUUCACCUUUGCGCUGGUGCCUAUGGCCCUCAUUGGGGUGCCUUACUAUCUGUUUGACUGGGAGGACUAUGACAAAUAUGUAGUCUUUGCUGUCUUCAACUUGAUCUGGUGCACUGUUAUCUUGGAGUUAUGGAAGCGACGCAGUGCCUCACUAGCCUACUACUGGGGCACACUGUGCAGAAAAAAGGCCUUUGAAGAACCUCGGCCUGGAUUUCACGGCGUGCUUGGUCACAACCCUGUGACGGGACGUGCAGAGCCUAUCUACCCCACCUCCAAGAGGCACCUGCGUGUCUACCUUGUGUCUCUGCCCUUCGUCCUGCUUUGCCUCUACCUGUCCCUCUACAUCAUGAUGAUCUACUUCCAGAUGGAGGGGUGGGCUCUGUCCAUCUAUGAUGAGAACCCCACAUUCUGGACACACAUUCUGCUAUUCAUCCCUAGUAUCAUCUAUGCUGUGGUCAUAGAGGCGAUGAACCUCAUCUACAGAUAUGCUGCCGAGUUCCUCACUGAAUGGGAAAAUCACAGGCUAGAGUCUUCAUAUCAAAAUCACCUGGUGCUCAAAGUCUUGGUGUUCAACUUCUUCAACUGUUUCGCGUCGCUCUUCUACAUUGCCUUUGUCAUGCAGGACAUGGAGCUUCUCAGACAGAGUUUGGCGACCUUGUUGAUCACCAGUCAGAUCUUGAAUCAGUUCAUGGAGGCCUUCCUGCCCUACUGGCUGCAGAGGAGACGCAACAAAAAGAUGAUUCGCAAAAUCCAGAAGAGAAGACUGUACGAGGAGAAAGAGCUUCCGCUGGUAGAGCAGGUCCGGCUCGAGGCCGACAUGAGCACAUACUUGGGAACAUUUGAUGACUACCUGGAGCUCUUCCUGCUGUUUGGUUAUGUCAGUCUGUUCUCCUGUGUCUUUCCUCUGGCGGCUGUCCUUGUGGUGUUAAACAACAUCACCGAGGUUUACUCUGACGCCUUCAAGAUGUGUCGAGUGUUCAAACGACCCUUUGCUGACCCAGCUGCAAACAUUGGAGUCUGGCAGCUUGCCUUUGAAGCCAUGAGUGUGAUAGCUGUUGUGACCAACUGUGCACUGAUUGGCAUGUCUCCACAAGUCAGAUCCUACUUCCCCGAGUCAGAGACACAGCUCAUACUGUGUACAGUGGCUGCUGAGCAUGUACUGCUGGGCUUCAAGUUCAUUCUGACCUUCCUCAUCCAAGAUGUUCCCAAACACAUCCAGGACAAACUGGCCCGUCUGGAGUUUGAAUCAUUGGAGGCCCUCAAGAAGAAGAGACAGCUCCACGGAGGAAAAUGCUGGAAGCCUCGCAGCUCAGUAAGACUGUCCAGUGAGGAGGAUAGGUGUGCCUGCAGAUACUGAUGAUGACACACUGUGGUUUACAUUACCGUUCUGAACCUCGCUCUACAUGUGUAUGUAUUCACAAGAACAAAAGUGUUACCUUUGGAGUUGCGUGGCUGUUGUUUCCCCCAUUCCCUCACACUGGCUUGUACUGUUAAUCUGCAAUAUCUUCACUGCACCAUUGACUAGUUGUACAGUUUUGUGAAGCAUACAUGACGGUUGAUUCAGGUUCAUUGCUGUGUACCAAAUGUUAUACGUUGCUCUUUAAAUUGGAUGUACCAUGUUUUGUGUUGCAGUGGUGCGUGUACAGGAGAUGAGAUAAAUGCGACAGAUGUUCAAAUCACAGAGGGAUGCUGUACACAUGAUAUACUGUAGAAAACAACGAUUUUAUAUCCAAAUCUUUUGAUUAAGUAAUUUCUGUUAUGUUCUGUUCUUCUGCCGCUGAAGUCACUUCGGGUUUGGUUCAGUGUUCAAGUGUUAAACUUUGUGAACUGCAGUUAGAAUAAAUAAGGAGUUCUAAGCCUUCAGGAUGUAAUAACUAAUAAUCACCUGACCUGAUUGUAUCUCGCCUCAACAAUCUAAUCUGCUUUUUAUCCUCAGCACAGCAAGUAUGGAGGCAAAAAAAGGCCAAAAAGAUGUAAAGGUUCAAUGCAGCCAUCGACACACUCAAUGAUGUGGAUUUGAUCCUGAUGUAAUUAGUUUGGUCUGUAACAUGGCAAAACUCUAAAUGACCUUCACACAUCAACUCACACAGAAGUCUUUAAAAGUAAAGUUUAGAAUGCGCAUUUAUCAACAUGACCGGUUCUUCAGUAAAUGUUAAAUCUCACAAUAUGAUCCAUGUCUUGGCCUUCCUUUGCUUCCAUACCCAAGAGAUGUUAUUGAGCAGUCUUAGAGCAGGAUAUGUUUUCAAUGCACUCUUAUGAAACUCCCAGGUGCCUUGGAAUGCAAUGCAGUCCCAAAUAUUUGCUUUUAUAUGCUCUAUUUACAUGGCAAAAAACAUGUAACACCAGAUUUGAAUAGUCCAAUGCUCGAAUAAACUCACAACCAAAGAAACCA